AUGCCAUCCCCAUCGCCAUCACCCCAGAUUAAAGGCCGAGCAAAAGCACGGAUCUGUAAUCAUUGCGGCCGAGGCUUUCGCCGAACAGAGCAUUUGGAGCGCCAUGUCCGAACCCACACCAAAGAGAAACCAUUCGUUUGCUUCUGUGGGUCUGCCUUUACUAGGCGUGAUCUAUUGAAGCGACAUAAUCGAAUCACCCACCAAGAUAUUCUCACAUCGCCCGAUGCACAACCAGCGCCCGUGGUGAAGCCUGAUCUCCAAGGACCCCACAAUGUGACACCUGCAGCCCCUCCGCAGCAAUUUGAUGCACCCACUCGUCCAGUAGGAUCAAUUCCUGGGCCUUCCCCAGUGCAUCAAUGGUCUGCACCCCAAAAUGAUCACGUAUCGUAUCUAUCACAAAACCAGGGCGGUAUGAUGCCUGCCCAUCCUAAUGCCCAUCCACCACCAAACAGCCACCCGAGCAUGCAUGACCCGGCUAUGCUCCAAGCAGCACAAUUGCUUCUUCCUGGCGAUUAUCAAUCCACUGGUAAGAUUGGUGAUACAUCAGACCCAUUUGAGGAUGCAACUGUUGACAAUCUGCCAGCACUACCUUACUUGCCAGAAGAUCUCAACCAUUUUCAAGAAUUCACUCAUUUUUUAGAUUCCAUUGGUCUUCCAGCGGAAUGGCUUCCAGCUGAAGGCGAAGCUGCUCAAAUACAAGAUGUUGGUCUUGAAGAUAUGCAAAGACCUACUCAACCGCCCCAAGAGCAACCAAGACCUCGAGGGAACCCCCGGGAAGAGUCGCGUGGCGAUUCUCCUUUCCGGUCAUGGCUACCAUCAGUUCCUAGGGGUGAUCAGAGCUUAACCUCAAUCUCGGACACAGGUGUGCUUCGAAUCCAUACCUCUCCUGUAUCCAUUCGAGACUGA